CACGCAUCUACUGAAGGUAUUUCAGAACAUCAACCAGAAGCCCAUGAUGGUGAUAAUGAUAACUUAAAGUUGCACAAAAGUUUGCAGAGCUUGCGAGAGUACUUAGAAAUGCUCAACAGAAAGAAAAAUCAAAAAGAACCAUCUUACAAAGAAGAAACUUUCGAAGAUAAUGGACUUGGACCUCACUAUCACAUCGUGUACACAAAUGAACCCUCUAUGGAAAUGCUGCCAGAAGAAUUACAGGGUGAAGAAAAUGUUGGUGACAAUCCACCCAAAGAUCUCUAUUUCAAACCAAUACCAAUUUCAGACAAGAUCGGUAUGGCUGAGAGAACAGGAAAACAAGUUGGAACAGGAGGUGGACAACAAAUCCGAGAAACAGUACUGCUGGCUGUAUCCUCGGCAACUCUUACUAUAUUAUUAUUAUUAACUGUGUUCUGCGCUGCAGCUAUUUACUAUUGUACCAAACCAUAUGGGUACAUAGAUGAUUUCUCCCUUACUUCUUCUGAAAAACGAGCUCUGUUGUGUCCAUCUGAUUCUUCAUACAGUAGAACUGAAGAUAGCAGUUUGCUAUGGAAUGAGAGACUGAUAACAAUACAGGGCAGCUCAGACCCUAGACAACCAACAUUUUCUGCCUACAUAGAUGAAGUAUCAACAUUUUCUGAUGAAUCAGCACGUACUGCUGAAAGAGACAUAACUGAAGCACAAUAUAGGUUGGCACCAUACCAAGCUACACCACCAUCAGCUAAGGCAGAACCACCAAGUGUGCGCAAAUCUCACCAGCUGGAGGGGAGGAUCGAGUACCACCUGAGGGGAGGCAAUACAGUUGAGCACGCACCCCAGCUGAGGGAGCAACCACACCCAGUUCUUUGGCCACUCAGGAUGGUACCUCCGCAGCCACCAGCUGCAUCUCCACAGCCUCUCUCUCUCGAAGCACCACCUCAGCUGAAAGGAGCUCCCAAUUCCCACCAGAAGCACCACCUCCAGCUGAAGGAGCUCCGCCACCAGAAGCACCCCCUCCAGCUGAGGGAGCUCCGCCACCAGAAGCACCACCUCCAGCUGAAGGAGCUCCGCCACCAGAAGCACCACCUCCAGCUGAAGGAGCUCCGCCACCAGAAGAAGCACCGCAAGAACCUCCAGCUGAAGAAGCACCACCAGAGUAAAAGUGCUGAGUAA